AUGCCUAUCCCCAUCGUCGACUCGCACAUCCACCUCUUCCCCCAGACGCACCUCUCGACCCUGGCCUGGCAUGGCCCGGACAAUCCUCUGGGCGCGCAACACUCGAUCGACGAGUACCGCGCUGCCACCCAGUCCGUCCCGACUUCUCCUGAUCAGACGGCUCCGUCGACAUCGGCAUCAUCGACAUACCUCCGUGGUUUCGUCUUCCUCGAGACGGAUCGCAUCUCGUCGCUCGACGAGAACGACGCUGCACGCGGCUGGACGCACGCGCUGGAUGAAUUGUCCCUCCUAACCCGCAUCGUCCUGGGUGAGCCUAUCCCCGGCGAAGGCCACCAGCCUGAAGAUCGCUCGCUGUGUCUGGGCAUCGUGCCCUGGGCGCCUGUCCCUGCAGGCCCAGACGCGCUGGCCCGGUACAUGUCUUUGGCCAAGCAGCGCGCCCGCACAGACGAGGUCUGGAAGAAGGUCCGCGGUGUGCGGUACCUCCUGCAAGACAAGCCUGCGGGAACGAUGUUUGCGCCGGGGUUUAUUGACGGCCUGAAGUGGCUGGGUCGGCAGAAGCUGGUGUUUGAUCUCGGGGUUGAUGCCAGACAGGGUGGGCUCUGGCAGCUGCGGGAAGCAGUGGAGAUGAUGCAGAAAGUCUACGACGAGAGCAAAGAGGAGGAGAGGGUUGUUUUUGUCAUCAAUCACCUCUGCAAACCAAACCUCCGUCUCCCGUACUCCUCUCCCGAGUCGAUCACGACCCAUCCCGACUUCAUAGAAUGGAAAACGCUCAUUACCGCCAUGGCCGCACACCCAACGACCUACAUGAAGCUGUCCGGGGCGCUCUCGGAGCUGCCACCGCUGUCACCCACCCCCGAACCAGACAUCGACGCGCUGGUCGACCGGCUGCAGCCCUGGACGGACGCCGUGUUCGACGCCUUCGGGCCGGAGAGAGUGCUGUUUGGGUCCGACUGGCCUGUUUGCAAUAUAGGAGGAGGCGGGAAUACGGUCUCGUGGCAGAGAUGGAGGACGAUAGUCGAGGCCGUGUUGGACAGGCGUGGAUUGACCGACGACCAGAAGGCGGGAGUUUGGGGAGGAGUUGCAGUAAAAGCAUACGGGCUAGAAAUUUGA